GAUGACGACAACUUAGGCAAGCUUCUCGAGAGUCCUACCGGAUACUCUUGGAAAAGUGCCCCUUGUCCCAGAUGGUUGUCUAAAUCAGCUUUCCUGUGGAAGAGCUACCUGGCACUCGCUCCCAAUGCAAUGAUCUCAGGGAAAAAAAAUCGGGUCGCCCUGGCUAGGCUCCUGGACAACACGAAGGCCAACUGCACUAAGAAAUCCGACAGUGAUUGGAUUGAUGCCACUGACGAAUUGAUCAGAGUGGGGCUGAGCCAUAUCAGGAAACUGAAGCAGAGCGACCUGCUUCGCCAAAGGUGCUACAAGAAGGCUGAUGCAAAUCAACAGCAAGUCUUGGAAGAGCUUGUGCAGAUGAUUGUGCUCCUUCCGGGCGAGGAGGACGGUGCAGAUGAGGAUGGCGAUGCGAGAUCGAAUCCGGCCUCGGCCACGACUCCUUCCUCAUCGGCUACUCCUGCCUCACUGGCUGUUGUUCCUGCGGUUGCUGCUCCUCCUCUUCGCUCGAUCAGCUCCAGCUUCGGGAGCCAGAAGACUUCGGACUUUCUGGACUCUGGGCGAAGAAUUGCCAGAGUCCUGCAAGAAAGGACGUCUGUGUCAUCCGUGGAGUCGCUUGAGGUAAGCCAGGAGGCGGAUGAUCGUGAGGGCAAGCAAAGCUCCCCUUUGAAGGUCAGCUUCAUGGCUUCCUUGAACCUCAUGGCUGAGCUGAGUGUGGGGGACAAGCGAAUGCUGCAAGAUGUUCAGGAGAUUGGUCCAGCUCAGCUUCAGCCGAAGAAAUCCAAGAAAAAGGCCAAGGCGAAGACCAAGGUUACAAAGACUGAGCUGGCCAGAGUAUGCUGGGAUGUUGGGGUGCAAGCUGUGCACGUGAAUAUCGUGCGGAAGGGCAACUAUGGCAAGCAGAGGAUGUGCAGUGCUUUCGUGGAGGUGUUCAGCAGUGGUGAUGUGGCCUGGUUGUGCCAUAGGCUGAAUGGGCUUCACGACUUCCGUGUGGCCGAUGUCCCUCUUCUGGUGGAGGCUGCUGAUCCGAGACGUGCAGGAGCAGUCGCGAGUCCCACGUCUCCUGCAGAUGCUGACAGCUCUGGUUCCGAGUCGGCUCGUGGUGCUUCCUCUGCGAAAAGCUCUGGUUCCGAGUCGGCUCGUGGUGCUUCCGAUGCGAGAAGCUCUGGUUCCGAGGCUCGUGGUGCUUCCGAUGCGAAAGGCUCUGGUUCCGAGUCGGCUAGUCGUGGUGCUUCCGAUGAUAGGAAAGGCUCUGGUUCCAAGUCGGCUCGUGGUGCUUCUGAUGCGAAAGGCUCUGAUACCGAGCCGCCGUCGCCUGUGCCCAGGGUCGUGGUGGCUCGCUAUGCGAAAAAGCGGAAGCAGGAGUACACUCCGACGGAGCCUGGAGAUGUGGAGCCCGAUGUUAAAUCGGAGACUGGGAAGCCUUCGUGGCCUGCAAGCUGCAUCGGUGCAGUAGCUUUUCUUGCCGUGCUUCGUGUCUUAGCGACCUUUGAAGUGAUGGCUUUGUCGAAGAUGUUGAAGCGGCCGGCAGCGGUCGUGCCCAAGGCAAAAGCCACGUCGAAGAGCAAAGUCGGCAACGGCUCCGAGGAGGAUCCCAAUUCCAAGAAGGGAUCCAUGAAUGAUUCCAUCAAGCGAAUGAAGAGCUCGGCCUGCCUCGCCAUCAAAGACGGGGAGGAGGAGGCCGGCGAUGAAGGCAUGGAAGUGGAUGAUGAAGAGGGCGACGAUGCCUUCGUUGCCCGCGACAAGGGCUUUGCCUUGAAAUUCCAGAGGAUGAAGAAGGACCUUCCGGGGUACGUGGUCGAUCUGAUCGAGAAUCAAUCGUCCAAAGCUGCCCAUCCCAGGGAUUUCAAAAGCCGCAUGAUCAACAAGCUCUUCAAGCGAGCCUGCUUUAAGGAGCACAAGAAGCUGUUCAACGAGAACUUCAGCAAGAGCUCCGAGAUCGCCUACCCCGAGUCGAUCUUCAAGGGCAUGUUCUAUGCCGGCAAUGACGAUAAGUUCGAGGCUGCCUUGGCAAAGGGAGAGAUUUGCGAGGCAAAGAGCACGAUCCCGGGAGUGAGGUUUUUCAGCUUCAAGACCUUCAAGGCUGUGCAGAAGACUGGAAGCCGCGAGGAGGAGGAGCUCACCUCCAGCGGCAAGGUCACGAAGGAGCAGGCCCAGCUCAUGUCGGAGUGUUUCGCCAAAAUGGGCUGGAAGAUCAAGCACACGGCCGACGACACGAGGAAGUUUGCCAAGGGCGGAACCGUCCCGACGAACAUCGAGACGGUGCUUGGGACGGCGAUGGAGGCCCAGCAGAAGCUGGCGAAGGAUGCGAUGACUCUCUUGAGAAAGUGGGGACGAGAGGACUCCACUGCAAAAAAUCUCAAGAGCAAGCAUAAGCAGAGCCAGGAGUUCAUGGUCAAGCUGGAGCACAUCAAGCAGUUCCGCGAGCUCCCGGACGACGAGGAGAUGAACAAGGCCAAUUUCGACAAGUUCUUGAUGCAGGUCGCCGAGCACACGGAGGAGUUCAAUGUGCUGGUUGAAAGCAGCAAGGGAGCGAUGAGAUCGUAUGAUCGGCUUGAGCUGACCGGCUAUGCAGGGUUGGCGACCCAGCCGAUCAUGUUGCCUCAUGAACUUCUGGCCGACAUCUACGAAAAGUUUCCGGCUGUUUGGGUUCAGGUUGUGAAGCCGUCGGAUAGCCGAGCCGAGCAGUUUUGGUCAUCCGUGCAGGGGCAUCCGGCACUCGAGUCAAGCCCAAUUCUUUCUCGGGCAAAUUAUCGGAAGCUUUGCUUGCCACUUGCCGUCCACGGCGAUGCCGUACCCAUCACGGGGGUGGGUAAGGGUUGGUGUCAGCAGCUGACGGACCUAUCCUUCAUGUGCCUUUUGGGACUUGGCUCUGUAAAAGAGCUGCUGUUUUACAUGGGCGGUUUUUGGGAAAAGCUUCGAGUCAUGUCAAAUGACAUGAAUGGAACUGCCCACAAGUUCUUGGCAGUGUUGGCUUGGUCCUUUGGCAUCCUGUGGGAAGGCCUGGGCCAGAAAUUCAAGGCGAUUUGGAUUACUAUGCAGGAGUGCUGGAUCUUCCGAGAAGUAGAUUGGCCUCGGGGCCGUGUAGGCCCACAUUCGUGGCAAGACUUUCGGCCAGAGGCGGCAUGGAGGGGCACAUGCUGGAAAGCUUCCGAAUGGAAGAUGUGGUCUGACAGAUCAUCUUGCCCGCUGCUACGUCUUGCGACCACCAGCUGCUGGACUGUAGGGCUGGACUGGUUACACGUGAAGUACCUCGGGAUGGAUCAACUUUUAUAUGCAAGCAUCAUCUACAUGCUGGUUUUUUUCAUCCUUCCCGGAACACCGGAGGCCAACAUGGCUUCAUUCUGGCAGGCCCUGCAGCAACAGUACUCGGCUUUGGAUACUCCCUGCCGCUACAGGUACUUAAACAAGCUGAGCAUGAUCGUACGAAAGAGGGGGAGCCCCAAAUUACGGGGAAAAGGGGCAGAAAUACGACACCUUCAUCUGCCUCUUCUCAACAUUUGGGCGGCCAACAUGAAUCCGGGUUUGGAAGUACAUCGCAAAGUUCACCUGCUGCUUAAACUGAAUGCCAGAGCAGAGCAGCUCUUAACUGAGCACCGUGAGCUUUUUGCAUUUCCCCCGGCAGAUGCAACGACGUUUGAGACCUGUAUCGAUGGACUUCUCAUGCUGCAGCACAACCUACGAGAGCAUUUUCAGGAGGAGCCUGGAGGCCUUUUCAACAUUACUGAAAAAGCUCAUUUUGUGCAGCAUUGCUCCAUUCUGGCUCGCCAUGUUUCGCCACGACUGCUGUGGUGCUUUUCAGGAGAGGACCAACAACGACGAGUGCAGGAACUCACACAAGCAUCAGUGAAGGGGAACGGCCCUGCUUCUGCUCUUCUCAAG